AUGACUAGCCAAUCAAGAACUAAAUCAUCAGUUCAUGAUUUCACAGUUAAAGAUGCCAGGGGAAAUGAUGUCAAUCUCGAGGUUUAUAAAGGAAAAGUUCUUCUCAUCGUGAAUGUUGCCUCACAAUGUGGCUUGACAAAUUCAAACUACACAGAGCUGAAUCAAUUGUAUGAGAAAUACAAAGGGAAAGGACUUGAAAUUCUGGCAUUCCCGUGCAAUCAGUUUGGGGCACAGGAACCAGGAACUAACGAAGAGAUAGUGGAAUUUGCCUGUACUCGCUUCAAAGCUGAGUUUCCCAUUUUUGACAAGGUGGAUGUGAAUGGUGACAAUGCUGCUCCACUGUACAAGUUUCUGAAAUCAAGCAAAGGUGGAGUCUUUGGGGAUGGUAUCAAAUGGAACUUCUCCAAAUUCCUUGUUGACAAGGAUGGGAACGUGGUUGACCGUUAUGCACCCACAACUUAUCCUCUCAGCAUUGAGCAAGACAUAAAGAAGCUGCUAGAUGCAUGA